CAGAGGCACUGCGAGCGCUGACCUGCCAUGGAGGCCAGGCUGCUGAGCGCCAUCCUGGGCAUUGCCAUGGUGCAGGUGCAGACAGCCGUGCAAGACCUGGACCUGCAGAAGAUUACAGGAUUCUGGCAGGAAGUCGGUGUGGCCUCCAACCAAAACCUGGCACUGAAGACCCCGAAGAGGCUGGAGGCCUUGUUCCUGACUUGGAGUGGGGACCAGCUGACCGUGAGGGCUGCGUAUAGCAGCUCAGGAAGUUGUGACACAGAAAACAUAGUAGGCUCAGGGACAGACGUUUCGGGGAAAUUUGUUUUUCCUGGCAACAGGGAGAUCCAUGUCAUUGACACAGACUACAAGCACUACGCCAUCCUGCAGCUGACCCUCCGCUGGCAGGGCAAGGACUUCCGUGUGCUCAAGUACCUCACUCGCAGCCUCGAGGACGAGGACGGACCAGGCUUCUGGAGGUUCCGGGAGUUGACAACAGACACGGGGCUUUACCUGGUGGCCCGGCACGGGAGGUGCGCCAAGCUGCUGAAGGAGGUGAGCCUACGUCCAGCCUGUGUUGAGCCCCACCUGGGUCCCUGGCCUGAUGGAGGCCCUGGUUCCUCUACAUCCUGUGCUCCAGGGUGGUGACAACAGGCUGCCAGGCC